AUGGACAUCGACGAGGCCAUCCGGCAGGGCGUAAAUUCGCUGGGAUGGACACUCCUGACACUCGGCAUCGGGAUGCCCUUCCUCAGCACACUCGUGCGUUACCGCGCGAACUACACGCCCACGAAGCUGCAGCUGCCUGAGGACGACCAGACGCCCCCGUCCGACGCCGUGGUCAGCAGCUACUUUGGGGUGAUGCGGCGAGUGUAUACGGUCGAGGGCUGGGCGGGACUUUACAAGGGCUUCACCCCUGCCGUCCUGACGACGCUAUUCGUUUCAUUGUUGCAUUUCCCAGCAACAAUAGUUGUGGACUGGCUAUACUUGUACGACGAAGACACUGCCCCGCCAGCUUACAUCGUCGUCGUCGAAGAGCUGUUUUCCUUCUUUUUCGUACCACUUCUUUCCGCCCUUCUCGCGAUUCCGAUGCAGAUAGUCACGUUUCGCGCAAUCGUAACUCAAACCCAUCCUCUUUCACUUUCAUUCACUUCACUCCUACCCGCCAUACUCUCUCCAGCCGAACGCCGUCGACCAAGCUUGCUCUACCUUGCUCCGGGCAUGGCGAUGGUCGCUUUUCUUCUGGCCGCCAUUGCAGCCGUCAUUGGGCUUCCCACCCAGUACAUCAUAACGAGCAUCACUGGCACAUACCCCUACGACCUUCUGCCGCAUAUCAUGGCAGAUGCACACUACAAGUAUCUCUUCGUUCUCAUCGCAGCGAGGAUACUUUCCGGCCUUCUUCUCGUGCUCCUCGUCACGCCACUUCGUCUCGCUCGUGUUCGGCUAGCUCUCCAAGUCACCGAACCGCCCGAGCUCGAGUCUGACCACGCGGGCAUGCCGCACUUAAUCGACACGCCGUUUCUCGAGCCUGUUGUCGCCCUGCGUAGCGCACCUGCGCAUGGUGAUGCACACCAUUUUUACCCCGGGGUCGUUGCCUGUCUUCGCGCUAUCGCAGAAGAGGAGGGCAAACACGUGCUCUGGCGCGGCUGGUGGAUCGUUGCGUUACAGGCUCUCGUAUCACCUGUGCUUCCCUCCGGCUGGGCGGCGCCGUUCGUUAGUGUGUUGUGGUGA